AUGUGGCCAUUCGUCGGAGGGCAACACUUGCAAGUUCUUCGCUUUUCCAAGCGCUACAAAGCAGAACGACGAGUACAAGAGAUGGAUCCGACUCAUAAGUUGAGAAGUUUUAAGGCUACUUCUCCAGAAGACAUUAAGAUUUGUAUUAAUUAUAGAUCUCAAGAUGUGUUUUACAAAUCCUCAUUCCUUGAAGAUGUCAGUUUUCAUCCUUGUCUUCGCUUCAGAAGAUGGGAGUCUGAAAGAAUUUUGUCAUUCGUCCCCCCGGAUGGUCCUUUUCGUUUAAUAUCAUAUAACGUGGCAACCGGAGUAAAUAUGCUACCAUUGUUUGCAAAGCCUCGUGUCUUGUUUCAAGAGGGUGGAAGUGGAACAUUUGAAUUGUUGAUAAGUUCAAAACCAGUUAUGGGUAAAAAUAUCGAGAAUGUUGACGUGACUGUUCCAUUUCCUAAACAAGUUCUCAACCUUAACUUGUCUACAAACGUUGGUACCUAUACAUUUGAUCCAAUCGAAAAGGAGCUUUCAUGGGAGGUAGGUUCAUGAGGAAAUUCUCACCAUCACGUGGUUAUAUGAAUCUAACGUUGCAUUAAACAAUUUGGAUCGGUAAAACACAAUCUCAGACAUCGUCACCUAUCAUUAAAGGAAAUGUAAGUAAAAUGUGUUUUUCUUUUAAUUUUUGCCGUCUCAGUUGAUUUACAGACGUCUUGCCAUGUGUUUCAAGAAAAUAUUUUCAAAUUUUUUGCAUUCAAAUCAAGAUCUCCCGUCACAACAUUUUUUGCUCACGAAGUAAAGUAAGGUCGAUCUUCCCAGUAACCAUUCCUUGGUCACAAAGUAAGGUCGAUCUUCACUGGUCGCUAUCACUGUGGUUAUAUUCUUAAAUUGUAUUCUCUUUUCUGGUAAUUGAUA